AUGACUAUGUUCACAUCAGCAUUAGAUAGCCUUGAGCUCAUAGACAACACCCCCGAUGACCACCCUGAUGGUGAGUUACUACAGAAUGCUCUGAGUACCGUCAACACCCUUGCCAAGGCUAUCAAUGCUAGUAAGAAUGAUGCCGAUCAAGCCCUCAUCGAUCGCCAGAUCAUCCAGGAGCUGGCUGGACUCAUUGAUGGCAUGGACGAUCUCAACGUCCCUCAUCGAAGGUUCGUCAGACAGUAUCCUAUAUCAGAAACGAAAGGUUCCAAGAAGGAUCAUUGUUUGUUUCUCUUCUCUGAUCUACUUAUAUGUGCCUCGGUGAAGAGGAAGAGUGCUGUCAGAAGACCUUCUGUUACUGUUUUGUCGCCCUCUACAUUGCCGAUAGAAGCAAGCAAGUACAAGUUAAACUGGAAGCUUCUUCUAGAAGAUGUAGAACUCAUCAAGUCGACGCCCACCAUCAAACGAGCCAAUCAGGAGAGAGAUCUCAGCCGUCUGGAGGAGGAUCUGUCUAUUCUUAAUAAUAUCAGCAGCUUGUCAGAUAAUCUAAGCUGUCAACAUCAGAAUCUUGAUGAGGUUAUCAAGGAAAUCACGGAGAAUAUAAGGAAAACUAUUUCAGAGAGGCAGGCCCUCUCAGCUUUACCCCAUACACCCGUUAAUAAAGUAGAAUUGACUGCCACCACUACGGAAGGCAUAGAAUCAUUUGUGUUAUUCUUCAACAGCUCUGAAUUAAGAAGUAAUUUUGAAGCUGAAGUGGAAGAAGCAAAAAAGAAAUUAGCUGCUAGUUCCAGGGACCGGUUCCCUCCUCUAUUCCUAUACCCCAUCCCUAUUAUGAAGACCAGGAGUGGUAUGCAGUUCUCCUGUGCAUCUCCUAGUCUUGGUACAAUGAGUAACUCACUCAAAGAUGUCUGGGUGUGUAACAGCGAUGGUUACGUUGGUCAGGUCUGUCUAUUGAGCUUGACUCCGGAGCCUUCCAUGGCGUCAUGCAUCUCGGUGUGUUCGGCUCGUAUCCUAUGUAUAGCAUCGGUACCCCAGGCACAAGAGAUUUCCAAGUCACACAGACGGUCUCUGCGCCUUACAUCUCGGUCCAAGAGUGCAGAAGGACGUAGCUUGGUGAAGUCACCGUCUCACUUCAUAGGUCCAGCUGAGUUUAACUCUGUCCAGAACUCACCUGUCAACCGACAAGCCAGUGAGAUCAUGGCGUUUGAUUCAGAGGAUAGUGAGGAUGAUGUAGAGGUCAGAUCACCGGUCAUUGGUCAAGAGACAUCUCAUCUUGGACCGUUGAUGGUCGAUGAGAAGCCCAUGGAAGAUGAAGGUAGUUCAGAUGAUGGGGAGCCUGCUGGCAGGCCUAGUCCCAGUGGAGAAGAAAGAGAUGAUCUGGAAGGCAAUCAACCUACCAUGUGGCUUGGUACAGAAGAUGGAUGCAUCUAUGUAUACCAGUGCACUGACAACAUCCGUACCAAGAAGAGUCGAGCUAAGAUCCGUCAUCUUGCAGCAGUACAGUGUAUCCUGUAUCUAGAGAACAAAGUUUUUGUUUCUUUGGCUAAUGGUGAUCUAACAGUCUACAGGAGGGACUCAGGUCACUCCUGGGAUACAGAUAAUCCCAUCACAGUGUCCCUCGGGAGUAGUACCACCCCUAUCAGUAAAAUGGUAUCGGUCUGUGGUAAGCUCUGGUGUGGCUGUCAGAAUAACAUCCUUAUUGUGGAUCCUGUUACUCUCAGCAUAGAGGUAAGAAAAUUCAUAAGUUUCCAGUAUGUAACGAUACCCAUGAGGGCGGUAUACUGUAUGGUAUCCUGUGGAUGGGGUGUAUGGGUGUCUCUUCAGAGUAGUGCAAUUGUAAGGCUCUUCCAUGCUACUACAUACCAGAUCAUGUGUCAGGUUGAUGUCACACAAACUGUUCAUAAGAUGCUUGCAAGUUCUGAUGCUAUUAUUCGCCAACACAAAGCAGCUUGCCUUAGAAUCACAGCCCUUCUAGUAUGUAAAGACCUUCUAUGGGUUGGUACAAGUGCGGGCGUGGUCCUUACAUUACCCCUACCAAAGAUAACAUCCUCCUCCUCAUCCCUCAAAGAUGUCCCCAGUCCUUCCGGGUCAGCUCAAGGUCAUACCGGUCAUGUCCGAUUCCUCACCUCAGUGGAAGUCCCUACUAACACACAAACAUCAAUCACCGCAGCAACAUCGCCCUCGUCCAAUGGUCGAAGGACAGGCCUCCAGGUCAUGCAGAAUAAUAACGCAGCGUCGUCGACACCGGAAGGCAGGCGUGGCUCUGGCGGGAAUCUCCUUGGCUCCAAUAUCAUGGUGAUAAGUGGUGGAGAUGGGUAUGAAGACUUUGGAGCUACAGUGCCUAAUGAACUUGCAGGAAAGGAAGAUAGUACAAACCAUCUAUUACUGUGGCAGGUUUAGGAGCUCUUCAGUAUCUAUGACAACAGACCAAAUAAUCAGGAAUAUGCAAAUGAGGACUACGGGCUGUCUGAGAAUGACGCUGUCUGAGUUUGAAAUUCCUUUCAAACCAGGGUAAUGUGCACUGCCUUUGAUUUCAAUAUGAAUCACUCUCUUGCUAUCCGGUGAUCUGAUCGUUCCAUGGAAGGUUGUGUUCUGUCUCAUUGGUGAACAUGUGGUCAUCAUACAUGGAGGUCAGGUGAUAUCAUGUGACUGGUCAUGUGAUAGUCACUAUGUAUUCAUGAAAUAAUACUGCUAUCUCCCCAUGGUUCUACCUACCUGAAGUUUAAAGUCUCUGAAUGAAAUCUGAUGGAAUAAAGAGUUUUAUAGUAUUCAGCUGAAUAUCUUUUGUGUCUUUCUCUUCACAUCUAUUUAUAUGUACGUUUUGAAAGCACAGUCAUUGUUUACUCUUCCCAUCAAAGUAAAAUGGAAGAGCGAAAUAAAGUUUUUCACAAAAGAGACGUUAUUUAGCUAUUUUCAUCAUCACACAUUACUUUGGAAUAUGAAAAAUUGUUGAUUUGAUAUAAACAAGUUCUGAGUGUACUGGAAAUUCAACUACACAUAGUUCUAUAUUCACUGUAUUCAGUUAAAUUUUCUUUUUCGUGUGAUGUUUCUAUGUUUAUUGGUGCAGAAGAAUUUUGUUCCAUUCUUGGCUGUAUUUUGCAGCUUUAGUGUUAUUUUUUAUUCUAUGUUUCAUCCAAAUGCUUAUUGAUGGUGCUAUAUGAAACAUCUAAUGGCAACAGAAUGGAUUGAAUAAAACACUGGGAUAGUUGCAAUGUUGUAUACCAGCGUAACACUGUUAUGCAAGAUAAUAGACAGAUUUUGAUGUCUUAGUAUGCAUUUUUAUAUAAAAAAACACAUGCAUCUCCUAUGCUAUUUCAUCCAAAAGUUGAAGUAAGGAGUGGUCUCUAUUAAACACAAUGUAAAAAAAAAUUGUUAGAUCUUUGAAACCAAGUAUUGCUAUGCAUUCAUAAAUUACUUUCAGAAUCUAAACCCAAGGCACUUAUGACAAAUGUGGAUAUAUCUUCUUUAAUUUAAUAUUUGAUCAGAUAUAGCUACUCAACUACUUUUGGUUUCUUUUCUGAAGGAAAAUAAAUCUUUGGAGACAUCUUUUUGUGAUAUGAAAUAUAUAUGUUUUGCAAUCUCUCUACUUUGUUUUACCAGAGUAUACUGUUUUACAUGAAUUACUGAUAUUGUCAUAUUACUUUAUGUGCUGAAAACAAUUGUUUUUAUGUACAACAAAAUCUGAAUAGAAAGGAAGUCUCUGUUUCUGAUUUUAAUCUCACAUUCUUAGAUGAACAAGGUAUUGCUUUCAAAUAUAAGUUUGUUGGGGGAGAAUGAUUGAUUUGUUUCAAUUGUAGAGGUGUUGUGGCACAGUUGAUAAGCCUGUGGACUUUACAAUAAGGACCAGGGUUCAAUUCCCACCUCAGCGUCCUUUGGCAAAGCGUUAACCUACAUUUGCUACUCUCCACCCAGGUGUAGUAAAUGGGUACCUCAGAGAAAGAAAUCCCUUGAUUGCUUGAGUACCCAAUCAGGGUAACUGUGCUAAAGCCAGGGUAAUAGUAUGCAGCGAAUAGAAAUUUGUAUUAAGCGCUAUAUAAAUGUUGCAUAUUAUUAUCAUUAUUAUAUUGUGAGAAUGCGCAUAUUAUUGCAAACAGGUUUUCAUAGCAAUUGUUUAUGCCAGCCAACGACCUCUUGAUCUUAAUACUUCACUAUGUGACUCAAGAUAAUAGAAAAAAUACUUUAUACUUCUAUGUUGAUAAUAUCGAGCUAUAGAACACUGAUGCAGAUUUUGAUCACUAUUUCCUUAAAUUUAAAAUUUAUAUUUUCACAUCGUCUGCUUCUUUCUUUCUGUCUUCAUUUAUUUUUUUCUCUCUUUCUUUCUCACCCUCUCUUCUGAUC